AUGAGAUUGAAAUACUGGUGGAUGAAAUGUUACGAGCUAAAAUCAUUCAAUCAAGUUACAACACAUUCUCGAUCCUCUUCUUUUGGUUAAAAGAAAGAUGGUAGUUGGCGAUUCUAUGUGGACUAUCGAGAGCUUCAAAUGUCCAUAGUGCCAAAUAAAUACCUAAUUCCAGUGAUACAUGAGAUGCUAGAUGAGUUAGAUAUGGUUGUCAUGUUCUCCAAGAUAUAUUUGUGCUCCAGUUAUCAUCAAUGAGGGUGGCGGAACCCCACAUCCAUAAGAUGACAUUCGAAACACAUAACAUGCAUUAUGAGUUCUUAGUUGUGCCCAUUGAAUUGAUAAAUGCUCAACAACAUUCCAUUCCGCAAUGAAUUACUUCUGACCUUACUUGCAAAAGUUUGUAUUGAUUUUCUUCAAUAAUAUUUGGGUGUAUAGUCGAUCUUAUGCGGACCACCGAGAACAAUUGAGUUUGAUCUUAUGCAUCUGAGGGAUAAUCAGUUUAGAUCUAACAAGAAGAAGCGUGUCGUUAGUUGUCCAAGCAAUCCAGGGAUGAUGCUUCUUGGAUGAGUAAGGAGAGUUUUGUGGGUCAAUCUUCAUAUUUCAACCUUAAGGACGAGGUUGUCUCGAAGGAGGAUGGAGUUGAUGAGGAGCUGGAGUACACCUUCGUAGUUGGUUGUGGUUUUAGUUUUAUUUUUUAUAACUUUUUUUGUUAUGUUUUCGGUUUUGGCAUUGAUUAGGAUUUCUAUUUUUGUUUUGUUAUUCGAAGGAUAUUAAAAUCCCUAAUUAGGGUUUAUCUUGGGUUAUAAAAUGAAUAGUGUUGGAUUUUAGUUAGGUGGUUUUGGGCAACAACGUCUUUAUCAAUUUUCAGCUUUUAUCAUACAAUCAUCGUUAAUCUAGAGGAGUGGCUGUUUUGGAGAGCCGGCCCUAGGGAAACCCUAGGCGGUCAUCCCCAACCUCCUUCAAGAUCUGAUUUUCGACCUUCUCCUUUUCAAUUAGCAAAAAGUUUUGGAAGAUGAUGACAUUCUCUAUGCAGUGAAAGAACGAAUCAAAGGUUUUUCAAUGCUUCCACUCUUUUUUAAUUUCUAUUUUCGAGGAUUUUGAACCAGCUUCUUCAUUGGCCAAGAAUUUUGUCCGAUUCAUGUGAGCGUGUGAUAUGUUAUUCUCCUAGCAAUGUCUAGAGUUUGGGUGUUUCUAAUCGGUGUGAUCGGUCUGGUGAAUUUUCGUUGUUCAUGGUUGAUAAAGCUUUUUCAACCUUGUUGUUCCGAUGAUUCAAAUACUCGCCCACCAUCUGAACCACCGCCUCGCUCUGGGAAGAAGAAGAUGCUCAAUUGGAUCUCCUUUUCGGUGGCUAGUCAAACCGAUGCUUCAGAAAAUUUCUGCUCAAUUGAUUUUCCUUUGUUGGUUGCUGGUCAAACCUAUUCUCUCUUUCCGAUGGCUGGUGAAGACGGUUCUGUUAGUUGUAAUUUUUUAUUUUCUCUUUGAAGUAGCAACAAGAGCAGCAAGAUUGUUAGACUAGACUACAUUAUUGCGGGGUUAGCGAUCUGGAAGGAUUCAUUGGAUCUGUUCCAUUCUAUGUCUCAUCUCAUUGUAGCCUUAGGUUAUUCAUUCUCUUGUAUCUUUGCUAUCGUUUAAUUAGUUAUUUGAUUUUUUAAAAAAAAAAUCAUACAAUCAUCGUUUG